AUGCAGCAGCAGCAGCAGCAGCAGCAGCAGGAAGAGGAGGAGGAGGAAGAGGAGGAAGAGCAGCAGCAGCAGCAGCAGCAGCAGCAAGGAGACCAGAAGACGGACACAGAUGGGCCAAAAGUGACACCAGUAACAGCAGCAACUGAUGAACCUGCACAAUCUUCACAACUCGCAGACACUGCAGCAGUAGCAGCAGCAGCAGCAGCAGCACCUGCUGCUGCUGCUGCUCAUGAUGAUAUGACAGAUGAGGGCACCGCUGCAGCGGCAGCAGCAGCAGAAGCAGCUGGAGCAGUAGCUGCGCCUAUCGCCAGGGAACAAGGAGCAGCAGCAACAUCUGCUACUGGCGGAGCUGCUGCUGCUGCUCCUGCUGCUGCUGCUGCUGCAGCAAAAGGCCCAAACGCCACCAGCAGCAGACCCGGCCUCAUUGCUGCUUUAAGAGCAGCAUUCCCUCACUGCCGCUUCAGCUCUCUGGACCCUGCUGCUGGAGGACCUGCUGCUGCUGCUGCUGCUGCUGCUGCUGAUGCUGCUGCUGAUGCUCUGCCGCUUGAGGAAGGGCACGAAACUGAUAAGGUUUCUGCUGCUGCUUCGAGAGACACCUCCCAGCAGCAGCGACAGCAACAGCAGCAGCAGCUGCAGCAGCAGCAAAUGCCUCAGCAAGUAAGAGAAAGGUCUGCAUCAUGUGGGCUUCAGGAGCCGGGCACAACGAGGGCAGCAGCAGCAACACAAGCAGCAGCAGCUGCAACAGCAGCAGCAGCACCAGCACCAAAUGGAGCAAACCCAGCAUCACCAGUAAUGGCAGCAGAAGAAGCAGCAACACCACGCAGGGGCCGCAGCAGCAGCAGCAGCAGCAGCAACAGAAGCACUUGCGAAGAUGGCUACCCAGCAGCUGCAGCAGCGUCUCCUACUGCUGCUGCUGCUGAUGCCCACGAAGUAGCAGCAGAUGCCCCUGCAGCAGAAGAAGCCCCUCCACGAGAAGUAUCGCUGUCUCCUGCUGCUGCUGCUGCUCCUGCUGCUGCCGCUCCUGCUGCUGCUGCUGUUCCUGCUGCUGCUGCUGCUACGCGAGUGCUAGAAAGGCGCGAAAGGCUGUCGGCAUUCUGGCAGCGCAAGGCGCAGCCCCUGUUCCCUCGACCAGCAGCAGCAGCAGCAGCAGCAGCAGCAGAAACUGCAGCAGCAUCUAGGCCCUUAAUCCUUCAGCCAGCAGCAGCGGCAGCAGCAAGAAGAGCAGCAGCAGCAGCAGAUCUAGAGGAACGUGGUGCGCAGCAUCGGGUCCGAACUGCUCCCCGAAAACAGAAACCCUUUUUGCUGCCUCCUGCUGCUCUUGCUGCUGCUGCCUGCAGCAAUUGGGGCCCCCAACCGAGAGCAGCAGCAGCAGCAGCACACACCCAGCCGCAGCAGCACCAGGAGCAGCAGCAGCAGCAGCAGCGGCCCAGGGAGCUGCUCUGCUCUGCAGCAGCAACUGAAACUUUCCGCUCUUUAUGCUGCUCUGUUUUCAGAAGCACGGAUUAUGGAGACUCUAAAGCAGCAGCAGCAGCGGCAGCAGCAUAUAAGGGUGCUGCUGCUCCUGCCAAGCAGUAUGCAGCAGCAGGACAACACAGGAGAAGCAGCAGCAGCAACGGCGUCACGGGCAGCAGCCGCCGCUCGCUGGGGCAGCAACGCCCUGCAGCAAGCAGUAGCAGCAGCAGCAGCCGCAGCAGCCGCCGCAGCAGCAGCAGCGUGGUCAGCAUGCUGCUGAGGAGCAGCCAGGGGGGCCCCCCAAGGCCCGGCGAAGCUCCAAGGCCCGCAAGGGGGCCCCCCCCUCAAGGGGGCCCCCCUUGGGGGCCCCCAAGCACCAGGGGGGCCCCUUUGGCCGCCGCCGCACCCGCAGCGCAACUGCCCCUGAAGAGGGGGGCCCCCCGGGGGUCCCCCGGGGGCAGCCGCAGCAGCAACAGCAGCACCAGCAGCAACAGCACGGCACAACUCCCUGGGGCCCCCGGGGGCCCCGCUCCCGGUGCCUGCGCUCAUUCGCUGGCGCCUUCUCCUGUUGGGGCCCUGAAGCAGCAGCAGCAAGAGAAGCAGCAGCAGCAGCAAGAGCAGCAGCAUCAAGAAGAGCAGCAGAAGCGGCAGCACGAGCUUCAAAAGCUGCAGAGACGGCGACUGCGGGCCUUGCUGCAGCAGCAGCCUGGUAGAAUCCAGGAACAGCAGCAGCAGCAGUUGCUGCAAUGGAAAUGCGGAUAUGAUAGCAGCGACAGCAGCAGCAGCAGCAACAGCACCAGCAGCAGCAAACCGCCGCCAGCGGUACAGCCAAAAAGAAAACUUAUCUGGGGGAGCUUCCUGGAGAGCAGCAGCAGCAGCAACGCAGUGCAGCAGCAGAAGCCGCAGGAGCAGCGUGGGGAGUUUGCUGCUGCUGCUGAUGUGAGCAACACUUGGAUGCAGCAGCAGCAGCAGCAGCAGCAGCAGCAGCAGCAGCAGCAACAUGCUGCUUUGGCCUACUCGCAAAUGAAAUUUUUCCACAACUGGCGAUGCCAACAGCAGCACGACCAAGAUCAGCAGCAGCAGCAGCAGCAGCAAGGGCAGUGCAGGCCUCACAAACAGCGUACAAUAAGCCCGCAGCUGCAGCAGCAAAAUGAGCAGCAGCAGCAGCAGCAGCAGCACAGCCAAACGCAGCAGCUAUUUGCAACUAGGGGCUUCCAUGGCCGCAAUAGGUCUCUAGACAGUUCUUCUUCUGCUUGGGGUCCGAGGCAUCAGCAGCAGCAGCAACUGCAGCAGCAGCAGCAGCAACUACAGCAGCAGCAGCAGCAGCAACUGCUGCAGCAGCAGCAGCAGAGAGCCUGGGAGGAUGCCCGUGCUGUCACUUUGGCGCUUGAUGCAUACGAGGCUUCUGUUGCUGCUGAGGCAUCAGACUGGGAGGAAGCGGAUGCAGCAGCAGCAGCAGCAGCAACAGCAGCAGCAGCAGAGCAAGGAUCCGAAGCAAAAGCAGCAGCAGAAGGCAACUCAGCACAACGUUUUCCUUGUGCUGCUGCCACCGACAGUCCCUUCGUUGCUGCAGCUGCUCCUGCAUAUCCAGAGCUUCGGCAGCAUUUGCAGCAGCAGCAUCUGCAGCAGCGGCAGCAUCUGCAGCAGCAGCAGCAGCAGCAGUGGCAGCAGGGUUGGGGGCCCCACCUACCUUCUAAUCAGCAGCUGCUGCAUCGCAAAUGCCAUUUGGAGGCCCCUGGCUGCUCGUUGCUUGCUUCUGCUCGCCGCCGCAGCCGCUGGGCACCCAGCAGCAGCAGCAGCAGCAGCAGCAGCAGCAGGGAGAGAGGCCGUCGGGGCCGCAGCAGGGGGGGCAGCAGGAGAGCAGCAAAGCAGCUGCGCUGCAUUCAUUUGCGGCAGAAAACCCUUAGAACGUCUGGCCCCCAGGGGGCCUCAGAGACUCCUAACUGCAGCAGCA